CCGGAGACAUCGAGCGUCGGCUCUGACAAGCUAACAGGAGAAACAGUGAAGAGCUGCCGGCAAACGGAGGAGCUGAACCUGGUAGUUUACCGGCAGGAUGGUCGGUUUAACCGUGACGGACUGACAUCACUAGGUGUCCGUGAUGAUGCGGCUCCCCCUGAUGGUGACAGCCCAGGUGGACCUGGUCCUGCUGCUGGUCUCCCUUCUGGCCCUCUGGACCAGACUGAGCCACCUCAGCUACCCCAACGCUGUGGUGUUUGAUGAGGUGUAUUAUGGUCAGUUUGUGUCUCUCUACAUGAAGAGAGUUUUCUUCAUUGAUGACAGCGGACCCCCGCUGGGUCACAUGAUCCUGGCCCUCGGAGCCUACGUGGGAGGAUUUGAUGGGAACUUUGUGUGGAACAGAAUCGGAGCAGAGUAUCCCAGCAGUGUGAGUGUGUGGAGUCUGCGCUUGCUGCCAGCUCUGUGUGGAGCUCUCUGUGUUCCUCUGGUUUACCUGUUGACUCUGGAGCUGAAGUUCUCUCACCUGUCGGCUCUGGGAGCUGCACUGCUGCUGCUGCUGGAGAAUUCUCUGAUCGUCCAAUCCCGUUUCAUGUUAUUGGAGUCUGUUCUCAUCUUCUUCGUGUUGUUGGCCUUCUUCUCCUACCUGCGAUUCCACAAUGCUCCCAACAGCUGGUUCAGGUUCUGCUGGCUGCUCCUCUCUGGAGCCUCCUGUGCUGCUGCAGUCGGGGUGAAGUACAUAGGUGUGUUCUCCUACCUGCUGCUGCUGGGCGUGGCCUCUCUGCACACCUGGAACCUGAUUGGAGACCGAACUGUCAGUCACCUGAGUGUUUGUGUGCAGUGUGUAUGUCGAGUUGUGUGUCUGUUGGUGGUUCCUGUCCUUCUCUAUGUGUUCUGGUUCUAUGUUCACCUGAGUCUCCUGAACCGCAGCGGACCACAUGACCAACUGAUGAGCUCAGCUUUCCAGGCCAGUCUGGAGGGUGGUCUCUCCAGGAUCACUCAGGGUCAGCCCCUGGAAGUUGCUUACGGCAGUCAGGUGACUUUAAGAAGCUUCGCCUCCCAGCCAAUCCCCUGCUGGCUUCACUCACACAGGGCCAACUACCCAAUCAGAUAUGAAAAUGGGCGGGGCAGCUCUCACCAGCAGCAGGUCACCUGUUAUCCCUUCAAAGACGUCAACAACUGGUGGAUCGUCAAGGACCCUGGCAGACAGGAGUUGGUGGUCAGCAGUCCUCCCCGACCUGUCCGUCAUGGUGAUGUCAUCCAGCUGGUUCAUGGAAUGACCUCACGCUUCCUCAACAGUCAUGACGUAGCAGCUCCCAUGAGCCCCCACGCUCAGGAAGUGUCGGGUUACAUCGACUUCAAUGUUUCUAUGGCAGCACAGAACCUGUGGAGAGUGGACAUCUCCAACAGGAAGGCAGAGUCAGAGUCGUGGAAGACCAUCUUGUCUGAAGUUCGAUUGGUCCACGUCAACACCUCAGCAGUCCUGCGGCUGAGUGGUGUGUUUCUUCCAGACUGGGGUUUCCGUCAGUUGGAGGUGGUUGCAGAUAAACUGUUUAAAGCUCACAGCAGCAGCUUGGACUGGACGGUGGAGGAACACCGAUAUGGAACCAGUCAGGAGCAGAAGGAAAGAGAGGCGGAGCUUCAUUCUCCGACUCAUAUCGACGUGGACAGGAAGAUUUCCUUCUGGGCGAAGUUUUUAGAGCUUCAGUGGAAGAUGCUGACGGUGAAACAGGAAGACACUGAGCACAAAUACAGCUCCUCCCCCCUGGAGUGGAUCACCAUGGAAACCAACAUUGCAUACUGGCUGCACUCCUCCACCAAUGCUCAGAUCCAACUGAUUGGUAACCCAGUAUCAUGGGGCGUGGCCAACCUCAGCUUGCUGGCCUAUCAGCUGCUGGCAGCUGUUUACCUGCUGAGGAGGAGGCGGGGCUUCAUAGACCUCCCUGAUGGUGUGUGGUGUCAGUUUGUGUGUCUGGGAUAUGUGUGUGUUGGUGGUUGGUUGGUGAACUUUGUCCCAUUCUUCCUGAUGGAGAAAACUCUCUUCCUGUAUCACUACCUGCCCGCCCUCUGCUACCUGUACCUGCUGAGCCCCGCCCUGCUGGAGCACACGCACACUCACCUACUCAGCAGUGACACACACCGGCGAGUGCUGUGUGUGUGUGUGUCGGCAGUGUUGUUGUCGGUCUUCCUGUCGUAUCGAACCUUCUCCCCUUUGACCUACGGCAGUCCCGAGCUGUCGGCCAAUCGGCUGCAAGGACUCAAGUGGAGAGUCUCCUGGGACAUCCUGUACCGCCGCCGGUAGAGAGACACUGAGACGGACGGCCGGACGGAUGGACUGGUAUUUUCUUUGGGACUGGGUGUACUCGUCUGAUCCUGAUCACAUACUGAAGCUUAGUCCUGAUCCAGGACCUGACGCUUUGAAGUUCCUGUUUCUGUCCUCUAAAGGUUUGCCAGACCUUUAGAAGAAGCACCUGAAUGCACCAUCAGGUGUGUCCUUGUGCAGUCAUGUUGAAACUGCAGACCCUUCGGGGGGGGGGGGGGGG